AUGCAUAGUGCUGGAUUUGGAGUUUGGAGUAAAUAUGUUCCAUUAAGUACCGUUAUAUAAAUAGGAGAAGUUGGAAUACUUGAUAGUAGUUGUUUUCAUUUGUUUAGAAUAUAGGAUAGUAAAAAUAAUGAAUUGCAUUUUAUUUAAUAUGAAUGUGUCAAUUUUUAGGAGCAUACUAUUAAGAAAUAUUUUUUAUUUUUUAGCAAUGAUGGUAAUGAUUGUAAAGAAGAAAUUAUAAUUAAUAAUGCAUCUUAUGAAAAUAUUUGGUACUUUUAGGGAUUCUUUACAAUUCCUUCAUAAAAUAUGGUUUCGAUUUACUUAUAUGAACAGAUGACUUUAAUUAUUUAAAAAUAAAUCUAAGUUUAAUUCCUUUUUGAAGAAACAAAUUAUGAUUUAAUUAUUGGAGGGGAUCUCAAAGUAUACUUUAAUAACAUAAUUAGAUUAUUAAUAAGAAUUCACAAUUUUAAACAGUUGAAAAUAAAUUACUUUCUUAUUUCCCUGGAUAAAUAUAUUAUCUUGUUGAUUGCUAUUAAUAUGAACCUGAAUUUUUCAUUUGGAUUAUUGAAUCAAAUAAUGAAAAUAGCUGUCUUUGUGAAUUUAGUAAUAUAAGUGAAAUAGCAGAUGUUACAAUAGAAAAAUAAGAUUAAUUUGAAUUUGUGGCUUAAAAACCUAAUUGUUAAUAGUUUUUAUUAUCUGGUUGGAUUAGAAUUAAAGAAAUAAUUUCAUUUGAAGAUGAAUUUUAUUAUUAAUUGUUUAAAUUAUCAGGUAAUUUUCAAAAUCCAUAAUUGACUCAAGAAAAUUUGUGUGCAUUUUAAUUAAUCUAUAAGAUUUCAUAAUUAGGAAAUUAAAUAAUUACUAAAUCUUAUAGUUAUACUUUUCCAACUGUAAAUAUUGAUUUUUCAAAUAAUCCCUUUUUAAAAACAGAAAAAUUCAAUAUUUUCUGCAAUAUUUAAUUAUGGCAUUAUAUAUUAGUUGAAAAAAGAGACACUUCAAUUUCAAUUACAAUAACAUUUUAUUAAGGUUUUGAUUAAUAAUAAUUUAAUACAAAUUUUGAAGUAAAUCAAUUUAAUAUGGUACAAUUUAAAUUAUUAUAUGGAAAUAUUUUAUAAUCUAAAUCUAAUUAAUUGAGUAUCUAAAUUAUUGGUUUAAAACUAAUCAAUUGUCCAGAGAAUAAUUAACCUUAAAUAAAUUGUCAUCCAACUUGUAAAGAAUGUGAUGGUCCAACAAAAGAAGAUUGUUUAUCCUGUUUUGAAUCUUCAAAUAGAAUUUAUUUACCAGAUUUUAAGGAAUGUAUUUGUGAAUAUGGAACAUUUGAUUAGAACAAUUAAUGUAUAAAUUAUUAAACUUUAUAACUUAAUUUAAUUUAAGAAAAAUCAUUUAAAGAAGAAUGUUAAUAUGGUUUUUUUGAAUUAAAUGAUGAAUGCUAUAAAUGGUAUUAUUAACAUAAUAUAUAAGUCCAUCAAUAAUUAAUAGUAAUGUCAUAACAUGUUUAGAAUGUGUAUAAAAUCCAAAAUUAUGGGCUAAAACUCUUUUAUGUUAAACAACAUUAUAUACAGAUUAAAAUGGAAACACAUCAAAGUAUUUUGAUGAUAUAAAAUUAUAAUAUAUUUUAAUAGGAAAUGAUUUAGAAUAUUGUCCUGAUUGUAAUUCAAUAAAUCAAUCAUAUAAUUAGUUUGAUCAUAUUGAAUCAAUAUUUAAAUUUAAAAAAUUAUGUCAAAAUACUGAAUCAAUACAAAAUGAUUGUUAUUUUUGUAGUGAUGAAUGUCAUAAAUGUUAAAUUACAGCAACAACAUUACAGUGUUUAGAUGAAGAUAUUAUGCUUUAAUUAUAGUUUAUAUCAAAUAAAUAAAUAUGUGAAACUCCAAAUUUUAUAGAUUUUUAUCAAAAAUGUGUUAUUUGUAAAAUUCAACAUUGUUUAUAUUGUUUCAAUUAUUUAGUCAGUGAUCCAACUAAAACAACUUUAGGUUUUUAUGAAAGCUAUUCUCUUAUUGAUGAAGAAAUUAAAGUAGGUUGUGCUUAAUGUAUUGAUGGUUUUAUAUAUGAAUUCAAAACAGGAUUAUGUAUCUAUUAAAAGCCAUCUUUGAUAAAUUGUUUGAGAUCUUUUAUUAAUUUAGAAAAUUAAGAAAUAUGCACUUUAUCUUCUGUUGAUGAUUUCAGUAUUGCUGUUGAAAUCAUAAAUUGUUAAAAUCAUAUUUUAAAUUGUAAACAAUGUAUUUAAACUAUGUAAUAAACUUUGAAAUGUUUAAUUUGCGAAGAUGGAUAUUUAGUUUCAUCCAAUACUGGAGUUUGUAUAAAAUGUCAUAUUCUUAACACAAAAUAAUGUUUUGAAGAGAAUACAUUAGAACCUUGGAAAUGGUUAGUUUAAGGUUUUGUAAUACAAUUUUUACCAAAUACACCAAUUUAUAAUAAUUUUGUAUUUAGACCAAGAUUUUUAGUCACUAAAUGCAUAGAAGGAUAUCAAUAAAUUAUGAAUUUAUGUUAAAGAUAUUGUAAUUAGAUGUGUUUAAAUUGUGAACCAAUUUAUAAUUAAGUAAAAUUUUCUUGUACUAAAUGCAAAUUAAAUUACUACAAAGAACCUAUUAGAGUAUAAGUUGAUGGUAAAUGUAUUCAAUGCUCUUCUUUAUGUCAAGUAUGCUAAGAUAGAUCAAAUGAAGAAAUAUAUGUAAAAAUUUAAAUUAAAUAGAUAAUAAAUCCAUAUUUUAAGAUAACUCCUGAUAAUUUAAAAUAUACUUUUAAAUGCAUCUAGAAAAUACCUUUAUAAUAAGUCUAUAUAGAUCCAAAUCUAAAAAUUGCAUAAUUUUGUUAUUAAAAUAAUUGCAAUUACAAUUUCGAACUUUAUUAUGUAUAUAUAUAUUUAAUUUAGGAUGCAAUUGAAUGUAAUGAUUUAAAUUAUUUAUAUCUUUACCUUGAAAAAUACUAUAACUAUCAAUAUUUCAAUGAAAUUGGGCUUAAAUAAAUUACUCUAACACUUUAAUUAUAACAAGAUUGUAGCAUAUAUAAUUCUGAAUAUUUUAUUGAUAACUCUUAUAAAGAAAAUAUAUUUUCUAUGUAAUUAACAAGAUUAAUUAUUCAGGGAACUCCAAAUCCUAUAUAAUUGUAAACAGAAAAUUUUAAAUUAUCCAUUUUUUAAUUUGAUUAGAUUGUAUUUAGAAAUACUAAAUUUCAAAUAUAAAAUGAAUUGGUUUUAAUAUUUGGAAUUAGAGACUAUUUAAUUGAUUUAAAGAUACAUGAUACUGAAUUUUACUCAACUACUAAUACUUCUGUAUUGAUUUCUAUUUAAGGAUAUAGUUUUGUUAAUGUAAAUAUGGAUAAUCUUUUAAUUUUUAAUAUAAGAAUAGAAAAUUAAGUUAUUUUUAACAUUUUUUCUACUGAUUUAAAUGAUGACAUUAAAAUUAAUAACAUUCAACUUAGAAAUUGUGUUUUCAUUAAUUCUACUUUAUUUUUAUUUUAAAACUUUAACAGAAAUAUUUAUAUCUAAAAUUUUACUAUUGAUUCCUGUGAAUUUUAUAAUUCAUCAAUAAUUAAUUUCAAUCAAAUUCAGAAUCAAUUAUCAAAAACUAUUUUUAAUGGUAUCUAAAUAGGAAAAUCUAUAUUUCAAAAUACAUAUUUUAUUUAUAGUAUUGACAAAACUAUGUUAACUAUCAAUAAUAUUUCAAUAAUUUAAAACAAGAUUAUUAAUUCAAAAUUUAUCAUUUUUAAUUAUGACUUUUAUUGCAAUAAUUUUAUUAUUAUGGAAAAUCACUUAAUCUCACUUUUCUUUAUUUCAUAAAUAUCAACAUAACUAAUAAAUUCAACAAUUAAGAUGAAUGAAAUCAAGAUUAUUGGAAAUAUUAUAUAAAAUUUUUCUUUAUUUAUUACUGAAUAAAAAUAAUCGACUACUUAAGUUAGCUAUUUGUUACAAAAUCUUUAAUUUGAAGAUAAUAUUAUUUCUUGUAAUUAAGAAUAUUUUCUUAUUACAAUUAAUUGUUUUAGUUUAAUUAUUAAAAAUGUCUUUCUUAAAAAUACAACAAAUUAUCGUUUCAUAUCAGUAUUAGCUGUUCCUUUUAUAAGAAUUGAAAACAUCAUUUAUGAGAAUUAAUAUCAGGAACAUAAAGUUAAACUAUAAAUAGAUUGUUUCAAAAAUUGUAUUUCCCAUUCUUAGUUACUCUAAGUUUCUGGAUUUACAAAUAUUACUUUAAAUUAAAUAACCAUAAAAAAUUCAUUUAGCAUAGAUUAAUCAAUUAUUUCCAUUUAAUCAAAUCCUUUAUUUAUGGUAAAUACAAAUGAGUAUAUUUUUAUUAAAAAUUUGAAAGUUAUGGGAAAUAUUAUAUUAAAAUAACAUUUAGGAAUUAUUUUUUCUUUAAUAGAAUUAUAUUCUGAAAAGCCUUAAAUUAUAGAAAUAACAGAUAUAAUAUUUGAAGAAAAUAUAUUUCAUUAAUAUAAUAAAGAUCCCUCCAAAACCUCAGCUAGUCUUUUGUAUGUUAAUUCAGCUUAAAGUCUCAUGAUCCUUAAUAAUAUUAUUUGUUCAAAUAAUACUUUGACAAAUUCAUCUUAAUCCUAUUUUUCUUUAUUUAUAAUGGAAAUUUUUAUUAAUAAUUUUAAAGUUUAAAAUCAUAAUUAUGUUGACAAUGAAAUCUGGACCAAAUAUUAUGAAAUUCAUUUUUAAUAAUAUUAUAACUAAAAUGAAAUUUCUUAUGUAAUUUCUAAAUCAUUUAAAAUUGAUAAUAUUGGAGGAAUUUUAUCAACAACAGUUACUAAAUUUACACUUUAUAAUGGAGUAUUUAAUCAUAUUAUAGCAUAAAGUAGUCAAGCUUUCAUUAUUAUUUUAUAAGGAGAUGGAAUAGUUAUUAUAAAAAACUGUAGUCUUACUCAUGCUUAUACUUAAUUAAUGUCUAAUCAUCAAAAUGAUGGUGCUUUUACAAUUAAUGGCAAAAAUAGUUUAUUAUAAAUUAAUUUUGAUAAUAUUACUUUAAUAGAUGUUUAAAAUAAAUUAUCAUCAUCAAUUUUUUCAAUAUAUCCCUCAUUUACAUAAAAUAAUUUUUAAUUAAAAAAUAUAAUUGCUAAUAAUUGCUUUUCACUUGUUCAUUAAAUUAUAAAUUUCGAAGCUGAUUUUUAGAAUGCUUAAUAAAAUAAAGUUUUAAUAUAAAAUUUAAAAAUAAUUUAGACUGAAUAAGGUUUAAAAACUUUUCUUUAAUCAAUUGGAAAAAUAAGUCUAAUAGAAAUGCAAAAAGUUAUUAGUGAUAAUUCAAUUAUGAAUUUCUAAGGAUGUGAAUUAUUUAUAAAUGGAAUUCAGAUUGAAGGAAUCAUUUUAUCAUCAAUAAUAAAAAUUCUUGAUUCAAAUUUGAUUACAUUAAUAAAUUCACAAUUUAUUGAUAUUUCAACUUUUUAUCCUUUACAUUUAGUGGAAAUAUAAUAGAACAAUAUAUUGAAAUCAAAUAUUUAUAUUAAUAAUGUCACUAUGUACAAUUUUAAUGAUUUUACAUUAAUUAAAUAGAAUUUAGCAUAUUUUGAAUACAAUCAUAUUGGAUUAGAUUUUACUAAAUGUAGCUUAAAAAGUAAUUAUAUAGUCUUAAAGACUCACAAAAAAGAAUAUGUGGAUACCUUUUUUGAUGAAAUAGUUUUUAACUCAAAUUAUGAUGGAUCUUUGUUCAAAUUUAAAAGUACUUCAAAUUAAACUAGAGUAUUCUUAACUAAGGUAUUAUUAUUAAAUAACAACUGUUAAAUGUGUCGAAAUGGUUUACUUUAUUUUGAAUUGAUUGAAAUUAAGUAAGUUCAAAUCUCAGAAUUAUAAUGUAUUUAGAAUUCUAUUAAAGAUUAUGGUUGUAUAUGGGCUAAAUCAGAUAAUAUGAUUUAAAGUUAAUUAUUGAUAGAGGAUUCCAAUUUCAUUUCUAAUAAGGGAAGGUAAGGAUCAGGGAUUUUAGUCUAAAAUUUAAGAUUUAAAUUAUUAAAUUCAAAAAUAAUUAAUAAUACUGCUUCUUAUAGGGGAGGUGGUUUAUAUUUUGAAGAAGGAUCUUAGAGAUUAAUUAUUAAAUCAACAAUAAUAAUUAAUAAUUAAGCAGAAGAAGGAGGUGGCAUAUAUUUAAGUGGAAAUAGCAGUUUAAAUAAAAAUAAUUUUAUUAAAUCUUUAAUUUUAUUUAAUUUUGCUAAUUUGUCUUCAAAUAAUAUUAAUGAAUUACCAUAACUUUUGUCUCUAUCAAUAAAUUAGAAAGAAAUGUAAUCUCAAAAAAAAAUAAUUGGAAACCAUUCAUUUUAAGUAUUAGAAUUAAAACCAUAUAAAAUUAUAUCUUAAGAUCAUUCAACAUUAGCUAAUUAUUUACUUAUUCCAAGUGGUUAAUAAAUAUAGAAAUAUGAAAUUUAUAAUUCUAAACUUAAGAAAUAUUUAUCCUAUAUUACUGAAUUCACAAUAAAGCUAAAGAAUAGUUUGAAUGAACAAUAAAUAAACUUUUUAAAUUCUACUUGCAAUGUAAAAUAAUUAAUUGUUGAUAUUUAAACAUAAAAUAUAAUUGAAUCAACUAAUAUAUCAACAAUAAGUUUUGAUCAAUAAAUUAAUAGAUUUAAUCUAGGUCAAUUAGUUUUUAAUAUUGAUCCAUAUAAAUAGGAAGGUAAAAUUUAAGAAAUUUUAAUAUACUGCUAAACAGAAUAUCAAGAAGAGAGCUUAGCCUAUAGAUUAUAAGUUAAUAGUUUAUUAUGUCAAUUAGGUGAAUUCUAUAUUUUCUUUGGAUGCUAAAAAUGUUAAUCAGAAUAAGGGUUUUAUUCUGUUACUUAUAAUACUACAAAAUGUUCUAUUUUUGAUAAAAAUAAAUUUGAAGCCAUUACAUCUAAUAAAAUUUAAUUAAAGCCUGGAUUUUGGAGGCCAAGUUAUAUAACAGACAAUGUAGAAUUUUGCUAUAAAAAUCCAUAUCAUUGCUUAGGAGGUUGGAGUGUUGGUGAUGACCUUUGUUUUAUGGGACAUAUAGGAGGAUUAUGUGAAGAAUGUGAUAGAUUUAAUUUGAGAGGAGAUGGAUAAUUCUUUAAAGAUUAGUAAAAUUUGGAUUGUUAAUAAUGUUAAUAGCUUUCAAAGAGAUUGAUAGCCUUUUUUUUUAUAUCAAUAUGGUAAAUUUAAUUUAUAUUUUACUAGGGCUAUUCUUUCUACACUACUAACAAUCAGAAGUAUUGAAAAAACAAAUUAAUUAUACACAUAAUUAAAGCUUAGAUAAAAUUAAAAAUAUGCUGAAAUUUUAUUCAAACUAUAAUAAGGUAAUUUAAAUAAAUAACUAAUAGAUCAUUAAAGUAUUUUACUUAAAUUAUUUCUUAAUUAUUUAUGGAUUUUUUCCCUCAUUUUUACAUUCAAUAUAAAUUUCUCAAUCUCUUUUAAUUUUGUAAAACAAUCAAAUGAUACUUCAUAUUUUAUGGCAAAUUAUUUUGAUUGUUUUUUAGCUGAAAUAUAAGGGAUAGAAUUAAUUUAUAGCAGAAUUUUAGUAAUGUUAUUACUUAUGGUCUGUUAGACAUUAAUAAUCUUUAUUGGAUUUUUACUAUUAUCAAUUAUAAAAAGAUAUAAAUUUUAAAAUAGAAUAAUCUCAAUUACUGUUUUAUAUUUAUACAUCUAAAAUUAUGCUUCCUUGAUAAAUUAGUAAAUUUUUAUUAUUAUUUUAAAGGUUUUUUUCAAUUUUAUCAAUCAGAAAGAUCUCAAAUUUAAAUUAUAUAUAAGGUGAUGUUUCAUUGAUUUAUGGUUCAUAAAGUCAUGUCUCUUGGAUUUAUGGAUUUGUAAUACCUGGAUCAUUUUUUAUUGGCUUAAUAUUACCCAUAUUAUUAUUUUUACUAUUGUACAUCAAUAGAGAUUAGCAUAACAAAAUUAAGUUUAGAAGACAUUUAGGAUAUUUAUUUAAUGAAUAUACAUAGAAAAGUUAUUUUUGGGAGAUCAUCAAAUUAUGGAAGAAAACAAUUAUUAUAGUUAUUCUAGUCUAUUUUGAAACUGAUAUAUUUUUAAGAGCAUCAUUAUUAGGACUUUGGUUAUUGAUUUACUAAUUUAUUGCAUUAAAUUCUAAACCUUAUAUACUAUAGAAAUUUAAUUUAUUAGAUAUUUAGAGUGGGCAAUUAUGUUAAAUGGCAAUAUUUUUAGCUACUGUCAAAUACAUAUGUGAAUAAUAAGAGAAAUUAAAUAUUUCAUUUAUCAUUUAAACCUUCAUCUUUUUGGACAGCAUUAUUUUAAGUUAUCCAUUUAUUAUUAAUAUUCUCAAUGUUUAUUAUAAAAAAUACAAGUUGUAAAUAUUAUCAUUGCUAUUUUAUACAUUUAAUAAAAUAAGACCUAAUUUCAUAGUAACUAAGUUUAUAGGAAACAGAUUAAAUUUAAUGAGAUAGAGAAAAGAGAAGAGUAAAACUAAUAUCUUAAAAUUGAAAUAAUGGCUAUUCUCAACUACUAUGCAUUGUAUGUCGUAAUAUAUAUAUAAUUAUAUUAAGACCAAAAUAUAGUUCACUAUUAAACAAUACACAUAGAGGAAAAUAAAUAUCGAUUACUAGUGUAGAAUUAAAUUCAUAAAAAAUUAACUGA